AUGAGCUCCACGGUUAUGAAGUCCUUGCCGGUGGUAAUCAGACCAGCGGAGCUGGAGAUGACUACCAGCAAUAUAGAUCUCCAUUCUUUCGACAAGGGUCUUGGUGACAUGCCAGCUACAUGCUUCCUCGUGUUCGACCAUCCAAUCGAUGAGCCCGUCGAGACCAUAAAGAAGGGGCUGUCCCGAGCACUGGUCUACUACUCCCCUAUCGCCGGCCGCCUUGCCGCAGGAGCUGGCAAUGGCGAGCUCCGUGUCGAGUGCAACGGUGAGGGCGUGGUCUUCGUGGCAGCGUCCACCGACCGCGCCUUGAACGAAGCUAAAUUCUUCGACCGUUCGCCUGGUGCAAUGACGCUACCAGACGAUCUCGCCGUCUACUACCCAGAUGACAAAUGUGGCCGCACCGACCCACUGCUUCUGAUGCAGGUGACCGUGUUCUCCUGCGGUGGGUUCGUUGUCGGGGUAACAUGGAACCACGCCAUUGCCGAUGGUGCUGGGAUGGCCCAAUUCUUGCAGGCGGUCGGCGAGCUUGCCCGUGGGCUGCCGGCACCGUCCGUCAUCCCGAUCAGGUGGGACGACUCGCUACCGGGCAUCCCUCCAACGAUUGCUAUCGCACAACAGUCCAUGACCGGCCUCGCGUCACAGGACUUCGCCUUCUUUGAUUAUACCAUCCCUUCGAGCUUGAUCAGCCGCAUCAAAGCCGAGUUCCGUGAUCAUGCUAAUGGCCAGCCAUGCACUGUGUUCGAAGCGGUGACCGCUGUGCUAUGGCAGUGCCGCACUCGUGUGGCCAUCUCCGAUCCAGAAGCCCCAGCCCUGCUAUUCAUUGUGGCCAAUGUUCGCAAGCACGUAGGGGCCAAGGAUGGCUACUAUGGCAACUGCGUCAGUGGGCAGCUCGUCAUGGCAACGAGUGGCUCAGUUGCGAACGGAGACAUCAUGGGCAUAGUGAAGAUGAUAAAAGGUGCCAAGGAGCAGAUACCUAAACGAUUGAAGCACAACAAUAUUGAUAGUGGUGGUCGGGAGCGGCACGGUGACAUGCUCCGGUACAACUACAACCUUCUUAGUGUGUCGAGCAUGCGGAACAUCGGCCUCGACGAGGCCAGUUUCGGCGGAGGGAGACCGGUGAGGGUGAUGUGCCGUGCCCGUGCGCCACACAUGACUGUGCCAUCCUGCGUGGCCUGCCUGCCAUGGAAAGGAAAGGAUGGGGCCAAUGUGCUGACCCGCUGUGUCAGGGAGGAACACGUCAACGCCUUCCUUGGAGAACUGGCAAGGUUCACAUGA